AUUGGAAUGUUUCAUCUCGCAUUUUACUGUAAAAUGUCACCUUGAUAUUGGCUAUACAAAACUGUAUUGAGAACGGGAUUGGUCAAGGACCAAAGAAAUACCCUAACGUACAAGAAAGAGAGAUGAGCAUAAAGCGUCUAAAACAAAACACUAAGUUUGAAAUUUGAACGAGGUGGGGUUAGCCGGCGUUUGAAAUGCGGUAGUUCUUGAGAAGUUAGUGAAUUUUAGAUGAAAAGUUUCGUUUAGAUGAAAUUUAUUACUAUGAAUCGUAAAUAAACCAUUGUGUCUCGUAACGAUUGUGUUUUAUUCGGAGAAAAAUACCCGGCUCAGCAAAGGUGGCAAAUAUCUUCGCUUUAUAAUCUGUAAAGAAGAAAAGUCUUGUUUUUAAGUUCAAAACCGUUAGCACUAGACAAUGGGGACAAAACAAAUGGUAUGGGGAAGUGGGCGGAAGACAGUGCCGGAAAUGGAGCAGACGAUGAUGAUAACCAAAGAGGUAAAGAAGAUGAAGGACAGUCUAGUCUGGGGUUGUGUAAAUGCAGCUGUCUUCGCCAUUAUUGCAUACGAUAUUGUGUAUACGUGCCCACUUUAUACAACCACUGCCCACAUGAUAGAACAUGCUGUUGCCAUCAUUUUGCUGCUCAAUACCUUAUUCCAUUUUAGUCGCUAUUUUUGGACAUCUAUGACAUUACAGCCUGUGGUCUUGUCACCUAAGCAAAAGUCUCUGCUCGGCAUCAAAGAGUCAGAUUACUACAUCAGGACUGCCACAUCUACACCUGUAAAGCCCAAGUCACCACAGUUGGAGCCUCCAAUGUGUGUCACUCCUCUCAACAUGUCCACCAACAGUUGGCUCUCCUCCUCCAUCCUCUCUCAUUGCGACCCUAACGAGAGUAUAACUUCAGGAAACUUUAACAGCUCUGCCCCAUCAUGGCUGUACCAGUCAAAGAGCUCGCCACCCACCUCGUACCAGUCUCCGAUCCUGGCUACUUCAGAGGUUAUCCAGGAUGAGUCCGCCCUUCAACAGUAUCUCCGGGAAUUUGAAAGCCUAGAAAAGAGUUCUGUUGUCGAGAACAGUAUGGAACAACCAUCCAACAUGCUAAGUGGAUUCUGGAGUCACCCAGCAUCUCGGACCACAACGGACAUCUCGCCCCUACUGCGCCGCUGCACCUACCAGAUGUCCUUAUCCCCAGCCCAAGCACAGAGUGGAGUGGGAUCAGGAGAUGAGACAGGGUCACCAUCCCCCUUCCAGUAUGCUGAUGUCUGGCGCAAAAACAAAAUAAAUCCAGCUUUGCUGACAGAAUGGACUGCUAAUUUGCGAAUGUGGAUCUCCCAAACCAUCUUGGAGAGGUUGGUGUCCGAGAUACGCAACGUGGAUGAGGCUCUGCAUAACCAGGGACUGGUGGAUAUUAGCGUAGGGGUGGUUGGGUUGGAGCGUCUCAACAAGACUGCGCAGAUACCCCAGGUGGCUUUGAACAUACCCAGUCUCGCUCGGCUUGUCCCUUUCCUAGACCUCACUCAGAACCAAGAGUACCUUGUCUCUCGAAUCAAAGAGUUGGCGAGGGGUGGAUGUAUGAGUGAGUACCGAUGGAAUGGUGGGGGAAUGUGGGGGGGCAAGGAGUGGGCCCCACCACUACCCACCGACGCUGCCCUGGUUCUACACUUGCUGGCAACUUACCUGGACUGCCAACUGCCACAGACUUCACUACCUGACAGCCGCCCCUUCUCCUCCCAUCACCUAGUGCGUAUGCCUAACAAGCCCAUGCCUGGCCAGCUGUGCAUCGUGGAGACGUCCACCUCCCCACCCAACUACAUACUGCAGACCAAGACUGAGACAUUUCACACUCCUAAGGGUCGAAAUAACCUUUUCUUCACUAUUCUUCUGUUCCUACAUACGGUCAAGACUAAGGACCAUGGGAUCCUGGGCCGUAUCAACCUUGGACGUUCUGGUAUCAAUAUGCUGUGGACAAUUGACAGCGACAGCUGAAACUUGUAAAAUUAUUUCUUAUGUGUAUUUUUUUAUAUUAAUGAGAAAUUGAAACUGAAGACAGAGCCACUCUCACAUACCAAGUACAAAAUACAGGAUGAUUCUAUACAUUGUAUCAUCUGUUAUUUUACCCUUAAAAUAAUGUGUUCAUUGUGUAAAAUAUCACAGUAUUAUCAUUUAAGUAACUGUUAAAAUGGUUAAAAUUCAAUGAAUUUAAUUAGGAGAUGAAGGUAGAAAUCUUUCUCUAAUAUAUUCCUGAUUAAUUAAAGCUUUGUUCCUAUUUUAAAGCAAUUUAGAACCUACCGUUAAUUUUAACAUAAUUUUAUUAUUCAAGAAAUUGAAAAUCAGGUAGUAUUUUGGUCUCAUUAAUUGGUAAAACAAUUGUCUAAACUUUUUAAAUACUGUUAACAUUGUAUAUGUAUAAGAGAUAACAUUUUAUGAAAAGUACAAGAAGUGAAAAUUGUGUAUUCCUAAUUAUGGGAAAAUGACGUAAUAAAAUUAUUUUAUAUCAAGUUAGAAGUAAGUAAUGUUUAUAUUUUUAUACUCUUUGGUCUGUUUUAUGCAUUUGAUGUAAUCUAAUAUUUAGAUUGACACAAUGUAAUGAAUUAUUGUAAGUUAAAUGAAUAUAAGCAUAAAUUAAGGUCAGUUGUAAUAAAUAUAAUGUGAUUGAUAUCUUGACCGUGAAUCAGAAUAAUAAAGUAUUCCUUUAUUAAAAGAGA